AUGGAGGGCAUCGACAGCUUCCUCGACGAGCUUCCGGACGUGGACCGCCGGUCAUGCCGGCUUUUGGGCCCUACCGCACUGAUUGUGCAGGGCCUCAUGGGUGUGCUGGUCAUCCUCUCGUUGGUGUACAAACGUCAUCGUGAAAGCCCGAAACGACCAUGGAGGAUCUGGAUAUUCGACGUUUCGAAACAAGUUAUUGGCCAGAUGUUCGUGCACGGGGUGAACGUGCUCAUUUCGGACGUUGUCGCGCACGUCUCGUCAGGCAACGCAUGUGUCCUCUACUUCCUCAACAUCCUUCUUGAUACGACCUUUGGUGUUGGAAUCAUUUAUCUCGUUCUGCAUGUCACGACCUAUCUCUUUACCGUCAAGUGUCAUCUGAAGGGCUUCGAGACUGGAGUCUACGGCACCCCUCCGCGCAUCACCUACUGGCUCCGUCAAUCCGCCGUCUAUGUGUUCGCACUCACGACCAUGAAACUCCUGGUCGUCGCUCUUUUCGCAGCUCUCCCCAUCAUAUUCGACGCGGCGGAAUGGCUGCUCACUUUCUUGGGACCCAGUGAUGCCGCCCAGGUCAUAUUCACCAUGGGCCUGUUCCCAAUUAUGAUGAACGUCAUUCAGUUCUGGCUGAUUGACUCGAUCGUCAAGGGCUCUGAUAGUCACUCCCCGCUGUCUCUGGAUGCCGACUCGUCCCGCGGGUCUGACGACUUGGACAGGGAACCUCUCUUCCGAACGUCCGAGGAUGACAGCGACGACGAUGACGGCCUUCCGGCCCGCCACGAUAUCGAGAACCCCCGUCCUAUAUCGCGCUCGCGUUCGAGGGACGUUAACCGUCUAUCCGGAGAACCAAAGUCUGUCAGCUCGGGCACCACGACUGUCAUUCCGUCCGGCUCGAGCACACCCUUGCCAAAGCCCAUCGACACGGCAGUUGCGGCCCACGCCUACCCUCCAAGCCAACACACCAUUUCUCCUGGUACCUCGCCGUCUUCUUCGAUGUCUUCGUCCUCUGCGAGCUCUUCGCACUCCCAUUCACGGUCGAAGGGUCGGAGACGAUCUCCGCCUCCUCCGUUGUCCCUGCGACCUCCCAAAGCGUUGUAUCCGAACGUCGAGAUCUCGAGGACCGCGCCAUUGGAGGAACCGGAGAUACCCCGCGACGAAGAUGAGAAGUGGGAUGCAUGGGGCGACGACGAUAACGAGGACUGGGCCGAGCGAGUGGGCGAAGACGAGUGGACUGGACGGCGGAUAGCGGCGAAGAGGGACGCUGUGGACGAUACCUGGCGCGGACAUGAUCCUCAUUUACGUGAUGUCGCACCGAUCUCUUGA